AUUCGACCUAAUGAAAGGAGAAGAAGGGAAGAGAAGAGAACCAGCAGACCAUUUCAUGGAGUCAGCGGCUAUUCAGCAUCGCAGCCACCAGCAGCAUCCGGGGUGUGUCAUGAGCAGCGCUGAAUCAUCGGGGAGAUCACGUCGUGACAGACGACACAGUAGGUGGCUGCAUCUUUCUCUCGCCGUCGCCGGUCUUAUCCAUUCGUCCCUCGCCCUCUCCUCGAGACCAUCUCUUCGUGAGCUCAUGACUGUCCCGCCUCAGGUGCGGCAUUCGGCCACGCCAGCGCUGUUCGCGAUAGCAGCAAAGCCGCCUGUCAAUGGAUCUGAGGAUCGGCGGACCUGUCACCGCCCCUUGCCACGGCGAAGACUACGGUGCUCAUCUGCCAGCACUGAUCUGCCGCUGACUGACGGCAAUCCGCUUGAAGGGCUUCCAGAGUUCAAGUUCCCGUCGACCAAGACCAGCAAGACGCCCACAAUGGAGCCGCCGAAAGAGCAAGACCGGCCGACAGACAAGCAGCCGAAGACGGAGGAGACGAUAUCAGAAGACGAGUCAAGGUCAAGCUGUGUUGCAGAGCAAGGAGAGGACCUGGGAAGGUCGCUAGUGCAGGGGAUGGGGGAGGGUGAGGCUGAAGUAGGGGAGGAUGCUGAGCCGGCGAAUGACGUGUUGCGUGUCAAGUUUGGGAGUGCGGUGUGGCAGAGUGUGAGUGGCACCUACCAGCGGCUCGCGGAUCACCCAUUCUGCCUCGACAUGGCUGAAGGAAACCUACCCGCGGAGGUCAGUGAGGGCUGCAGUUAACACCAUCACAUAAACAUACACACACGGACUUGUGGCCGUUGUCCUGUUGUGUGUGACUGUUGUGACUGGAACAUUCUGUCUGCCCACUCAGGUGUUUCAGCGUUUCGUGGUGCAGUGUCUUGUGUUGCUGGAUGACGUCCAGAAAGGGACCUCUGUGCUGGCACAGCGCACCCCCGAGGGCCUGCAGGAGAUGCUGAUGGAGGUGGCCUCUGUCAGCCGGCAGGUGUCUGAUGACCUCAGCAGCCAGUACCCACAGCAAAGGGAGCUCCUCGAGCUGGGUACGCUCGCUGGUCUGCAGUGCAGCCAGCUGACAACAGCUGAUGCAAAAAGCUGUGUAAGUGCUGUGUUGUGUGUUUAAACUGUCAGGUUCGGUUCGAUUUCCGUGUCAGCUGGACAGCUGCUUCUAUUUGUCCAACUUUAUCCGCAGCACGUGUGGCACACGAGUGCUGCCGGCCGGCCUCGCUUGCAUCAUCGCCUUCUGGUGGAUACUCAGGUAGGUCCUAAUGUGGCCGGGGCGGGGCGGCGAGCCAUGAAGUUGAAAUGCGGCCAUAGUACGGUCGGUCAUUGCGUGUGUGUCAUGAUGCGACGCGUGCUGUGCUGUCUUCCUUCAGGGACAUGCUGAAGGAGAUCGACGUGGUUGCGUCACAAGACAAUCCAUACAGGUCGGUAUGCGGAAUGCAUGCACAGACAGACACCUGAGGCACGGCAACACAUGAACCAAUGGGGUAGGGCAGCAUGCGGUGCCAUGCGAUGCGAUGUGUGUCUUCUUCCUUCCAGGCCGGCGCUCCAGGCGGUCUGUUCGUCCUACACACUGCACACCGUCGAGUCGCUUCGGUUCCUCCUCGACGCCAUCGGGGAGUCCACCGGUGACACUGGCAGGACGGAGAUCGAGCGUGUCUUCCAGGCCAUGAGUGGACUGCUUCUCAACAUGGUCGAGGAGCUCUACCCCUCACCCCCACCGCCACCAAUGCCGGGAUUCGAGCAGGCCGGCUAAGCCGGGAUUUGGCUGGCCCAUCUGUGGCGGUGACUCUGGUGCGUUUGUGAGGUGCGUUUGUUUGUGAGGUCGUAGAGGCGUUGGUCAGCCAAAUCAAGUAGUGACUUUUGAUGUGGACCAUUCAGACAUCUUCGUAUAAUGCCAGUGACUUCACGGUGUGUUUAUCAGCACUAAACCCAC